UACGUUACACCCCGGAAAGGUAAAAUGGCUGCUGAGUGGAGAAACGUCACUAGUGAGACUUCGUGUUGAUAUUUUGAUGAUUAUCUUACACGGAUUGUUUCAGAAAGUUUAUAUAAGUAAUAUAAACUAAGGCACCAUUUCGGACACAGUUGAAUUAGCGUGAAUUAAGGCGGAUUAUUUCCUGAUUAGUCACACGCGCAUGAGUAAGACAUUUUCUGAUUGGAUCACAGUCUCAGGGGGCGGGGCUUGAGCUAUAUGUGGUUUAGGGGUCAAAACAGUACCGACUUAUAGCAGAAGAUGAGGUACGAUUGUUCCAGCUGGACUUCUUAGAGAUUUGUUUAAGAGCUGAAAACAAAGAGACGAAAAUGAUAAACUGGCGGGCUUUGGACAACAUUCCUCUGCUGUUGUACAUUCUGGCAGCCAAGACCCUUCUCUUGUGUCUUGCCUUUGCUGGAGCCAAACUGUAUCAGCAGAAGAAGGAAGAAGCAGCCCUGAAACAGCAGUUAGAGAUGAAGAGAAAACUUGCACAGGAAACACAGGAACUUCUUGACAACAAGAAGGAUGACUGAACAUCUGGAGAUGUACGGCCUCACCGUCACACAGAAACUGGUGCAAUUGUCAAAUCUACAGACGAGGCCUCGAGUGGAGAUGUUUCAUUUGUUUACAUGGAGCUAGUCAACGUUGUUGCCACCACUUUAUACUACAAACCUAUUUAUUAUGCUGUGAAUUACCCUGUUUGUAAUAUAAAAAAUAAAAGCAAAUGGAUACCUUUGGAGAA